AUGGGGAAGUCAGGGUUCAUGAAGAACUAUCGAGUCUAUGUACUCACAUCCGUCGCCUAUUUGGGCUCGUUGCUCUUCGGAUAUGAUACGGGUGUUAUGGGCUCAGUUCUCGCCAUGGACAGCUUCAAGAAAGAUUUCGGUCUCCCAACAUCAUCGUCCGGUUUCGCCGAUACCGCGAAUGCCCAAGUAUCCUCAAAUGUGGUCAGUCUCUUGACAGCAGGAUGCUUCUUUGGAUCUAUCUUCGCCGCCUUCCUCAACGACCGAAUUGGCCGUCGCUACUCCCUGAUGAUCUUCGCCUCUAUCUUCCUGGUCGGAGCCGCAGUCCAAGUAGGCUCCCACCACGCUAUUGGACAGAUCUACGGCGGUCGUGUCAUUGCCGGUUUGGGAAUUGGAGGCAUGUCCAGUAUUACUCCUGUCUUUGUCAGCGAGAACUGCCCCCCGGCCCAAAGAGGUCGGAUUGCUGGUCUUUUCCAGGAAUUCUUAGUCAUUGGAAGUACUUUUGCAUACUGGCUGGACUAUGGUGUUGCUCUCCGUGUGCCGGAGGGAACUAGCCAGUGGCGUAUCCCCGUGGCUAUCCAACUGAUCCCCGGUGGUUUAAUGCUCAUUGGUCUCUUCUUCCUAAAGGAGUCUCCCCGUUGGCUGAUGAAGCAGGGCCGCCGUGACGAGGCUUUGAAGUCUCUUGCCUAUAUUCGUAAUGAGAGCGAGGAUAACGAGGAGGUGCAAAGGGAGAUUGCUGAGAUCUAUGCUGCAAUUGAAGAAGAGACUUCCCAAACGGAGGGCGUGACGUGGAAGGAGUGCCUGCAGAAGAGCAAUCGGUAUCGGUUCUUCCUUGGUUUCAUCAUCAUGUUCUGGCAGCAGUUCUCCGGAACAAACAGCAUCGGAUACUAUGCACCUCAGAUCUUUGAGUCGAUUGGUGUUAGCUCGACCAAGUCGUCGCUGUUUGCUACAGGUGUGUACGGUACGGUGAAGGUCGUCGCCACGGCAAUCUUUCUGCUUAUUGGUAUCGAUCGCUGGGGUCGGAAGUGGAGUAUGGUUGGUGGUGCUGCUUGGAUGGCUGCUAUGAUGUUUAUCAUUGGCGCUGUCUUGGCUACGCAUCCCCCAAACCCGGAUGCUACCUCUGUCUCUCCUGCUUCCACUGCUAUGGUGGCUAUGAUCUAUCUCUACGUGAUCGGAUACUCUUUCUCAUGGGGUCCGACUCCUUGGGUGUAUCUCGGUGAGAUCUUUCCCACUCGUCUCCGUGCUUACGGUGUUGGUCUUGGAGCUGCCUCGCAGUGGCUCUUCAACUUUGUCAUUACUGAAGUGACUCCCCGUGCGAUCAACAGUAUUGGGUGGAGAACUUUCCUCAUGUUUGCCAUCUUCUGUUCGGCCAUGGGUAUCUUCGUCGCCAUCUUUGUAAAGGAGACCAAGGGAAGAACUUUGGAAGACAUGGACCUUAUCUUUGGCGCUAUUGAUGAGGAACAGCGACAGGCCGAUGUGGAGAAUACUUUGCACAAGAACGACAUCCACGCAGAGCAUGUAGAGGGGGAAAAGAAUCCCGAUCACAAAUAG